CAUUCAUAUUUCAGGCAGCGUCUGUAUAAAUAGCGCGUGCAGCAAUGCUAUAUACAUCGCUGAAUGCGCCGCGCGUACAGACCUAGCUUUGCCUGGCAGUUUGUUUUAUCCACACAUGUAUGCACUUACGUGGAGCAUAUGUCUGCCGCUACCGUACUGGCGUGCCAUCUUUACUGAUAUCCAGAUCAAAGUAACAUCGGCAGCGUACGCAUAGAAAUGGCAGAGGAGGACUUGCAAAGGUUUCCUUCUAUGAUGGACGCACUGGUUCGUAUUAGUUCCAACAUGAAGAGUAUGGAGCAUGAGCUGCAGUGUCCUGUGUGUAAGGAAAUGGUGAAGCAACCCAUCGUUCUGCCCUGCCAGCACAGCGUCUGCCUGCUUUGCGCCUCUGAGGUCCUGGUCCAAAAUGGCUACCCUCCCCCUGACCUGCCCCCUGAGCCCAACUCGCCCGCCUCCACCCCCAACACCCGCUCGCCACGGCAGGCACGCCGGCCCGCGCCCAAAGCCGACCGCAUUGACCGCAUUCUCCGCGCAGGAUUUGGGACAUAUCCAGGACGGAGGCGCAAGGAGGCCCCUCCUCCUGUUGUGUUGUUCCCCUGCCCGCCUUGUCAGAAGGAGGUGGAGCUGGGUGAGAGGGGACUGGCUGACUGCCUGCGAAAUCUGACCCUGGAGCGUAUUGUGGAAAGGUACAGACACACAGUGAGUCUGGGCACUGUGGCGGUCAUGUGCCAGUUCUGCAAGCCACCUCAGUCGCUGGAGGCCACCAAGGGCUGUGCCGACUGCCGGGCCAGCUUCUGUAACGAGUGCUUCAAGCUGUACCACCCCUGGGGGACCCCCCGCGCCCAGCACGAGCACGUCCAGCCCAGCCUCAACUUCAGGCCCAAGGUGUUGACCUGUCCAGAGCAUGACCAGGAGCGCCUCCAGUUCUACUGCAAGUCCUGCCAGCGGCUGCUGUGUCCUCUCUGUAAACUGCGUCGCAUCCAUGCCGGCCACAAGGUCAUGCCCAUCGCCCACGCCUACCAGGCGCUGAAGGACAAGAUUACCAAGGCAAUCAACUAUAUCCUGGCCAAUCAGGACACAGUGCAGGCCCAGAUCACUCAACUGGAGAAUGCCAUUAUGCAGACUGAGGUGAACAGCGGCUCGGCGCAGGAGCAGCUGGGUCAUUGUUUGCGGGAGCUGGGGGCCGCGCUGGCGGAGCGGCAGGCCGCCCUGGCCCAGGCGGUGGAGGGGGCCCGGGUCCGGCGCGGGGAGGCCUUGGCGGCCCAGGUGAUGGAGCGGCAGAGUCUGCUGGAGCACGCUGGCCUCAUGGCCUUCUCCCAGGAGCUGCUCAAAGAGACCGACCCGCCCUGCUUCGUCCAGGCCGCCCGCCUCACCCACAACAGACUGAUGAGGGCCAUUGAGUCUCUGCAGUGUUUCGCACUGGCUGCUGACCCCUCCUUCCGACACUUCCAACUGGACAUCUCCAAAGAGCUCAAGCUCCUCAACAGCAUGGAGUUCAUCCAAGCCCCUUUGGCUCCAGUGAUCGACACCCAGCGCACCCUGGCGUACGACCAGCUCUUCCUGUGCUGGCGCUUGCCGCAGGACUCCGCCCCCGCCUGGCACUUCUCCGUGGAGUUCCGGCGGCGCCGGGGAGGGCCCGGGGGCAUCCGGGGCUUGGUCCGGGGCGGCGGCGGGGGGGGAGGAAUGGGGUCGCUGGGCAGAGGGAGCCGCUGGGGCUGGCAGCGGCUGGAGGAGGUGGGCGGCACCAGCGCGGUGAUCGAGCGGCUGGAGAUGGACACGGUGUACGUACUGCGGGUGCGCGGCUGCAACAAGGCCGGCUUCGGGGAGUACAGCGAGGAGGUGUACCUGCACACCCCGCCCGCGCCGGUACUGAACUUCUACCUGGACUCUCGCUGGGGCCUGCACGCUGACCGGCUGGUGGUCAGUAAGGACCAGCGCUGCGCGCGUAGUGUGCCAGGCCUCUCCCUGCUGCAGGCCGCAGACCGCAUCCUCACCUCCUGCCACCUGACCGCCGACCUGCUGGUGGGCGAUGUGGCCAUCACUCAGGGAAGACACUACUGGGCGUGCUCUGUGGACCCUGGCUCGUACUUGGUGAAGGUGGGAGUGGGUCUGGAAGCUCGGCUCCAGGAGUGGUUUCACCUGCCCCAGGACAUGCCCAGCCCCCGCUAUGACCCAGACAGUGGGCAUGACAGUGGCGCUGAGGACACCCUGGACUCGCUCCCUCCGUUCACCUUUCUCACUGUGGGAAUGGGCAAGAUCUUCCUACCCCAGAUGAUAAAUUCUCACCAUGGCUGCCCCAGCGAUGCCACCAGCCCCCGGGAGCCCCACUCCAACCUCAGCAACGGCCCCCCCUCACCCCCGGGCCUCACCGCUCCCCUGCCCCCCCGACUUGGAGUGUGUCUGGACUUCGAGAAGGGGCGUGUCACAUUCUAUGACGCCCACUCGCUCCGGCCCCUGUGGGAGGGGCCAGUCGAUUGCUCCGCCCCCGUUUGUCCAGCUUUCUGUUUCAUUGGGGGAGGGACGCUGCAGCUGCAGGAGCUGGUGGCCAGUCGGAGCACGGAGUUGCUCCCAGCCAGAAGGGUCACCAUCCAAUCUCGCGUGACCAAUAUGAGCAACUAAGAUGACUGACACUGAAUAAAAGUCAUUGUGCUAUUUUCAUUAGCAGAAUACGUAAAAAUCAGUC